CCUCCUUACUCUAUUCUUCAUGGCCUCUACUUUAGUCAAUCCUCUUCGGGGCAGAUGCAGAUGAUCUGCCCCUCAGCGGGCAAAAAUCAGUCACAAUUUUCUCGUGUAUGGCUGUCAAGCCAUCGGAAAAUCAGUGUUCAGUGCCAAUUGUUGUCGAAUUUCGAGGGAAAAUUGACAGUGGGAGGUUUUCCCGUGGGAGUCACUGGUGUUUGACAGACUGACAGUUUCAUCCAGUUCCGCCUGCCCAGAAGGCCUUGACAGACGAUCGAGCUGAAGAGAGAGUGAAAUUCACGAGGGAAUUGAGAAAUUUUUCAGCUCAUAUUGAUCUCACUUGUAAAAUAAUGCUUGAUCAUUGAUUGUCACAAUAAGCUGCGUAUUUUUCUCGGGGGAAAAAGGUGACGAAUGUGGGAAACACAUGGCCUUUGAUUAGAGACACUGGACAUCAAGGACAUUUAUUGCUGCCGUUGAUCACACCGAGAAUAAAUGGCUCUUCGUAUGAUGUCAGCGAUGGUGCCGAAUCCUUCGGAAACUCCUCCAGAAGUAAACCAUGGGGCUGACAGGCAGAAGCUCCAGGAGGAGGUCCUGGGGGCAGCUAAAUCCUGUCACGUGAGAUUCGGGGGUAGAAUGGAGCUGGCCACUGAGUCAGAUCAAUGCGUCUCCAAAUUGUGUCAGGCCUUUGAGGCAAUUCUUCGUCAUGGAUUGAAAACAAAGGGGAUUGACAAGCUCAAUUUAGCACUUCGGCACGUCUCAGACCUGGUGUCAGGCACCCCGAAAUCGCCCCCAGAGCCGGCAUUCUGGCCCUGCAUAAAAGAACAGCUGACGUGGCACGAGCAGGAGCGUUUCAGCAUCCUGAGAAAAGUUCACACAGAUUACGGGCGAGGUCGUGCAUGGCUCCGUGCAGCCCUGAACGAGCGUUCCCUGGAGCGUCACCUCCACUCGAUAAUAAACAGCGACACACUCCAUCCAUUCUACGAGGACUGGUCAUUUCUCCUUGACCAGGAACGAAGUCAACUCCUUCCAAAUGUUGCUGCAGGCCUGGGUACAAUAGUCUUCGCAAUCAGGAUUGAUAAUGAGGACCUGGACGAGAGGAUUUCAUCGCUGGAUCGUCGCAAUGGCUGCCAGAGUGAACCCAUUAUUUCAUCAUCGAUAAUAAAUCCUGGGGAGUCGUCGGGACGCCCCAGAAGACGAGUCCCAACUCACAUAAUCUCGUUCGACGACGACAUUUCCUCUGACAGCGACAGUAUCAAUGGUUGCAUGUCCCUGAGUGCUCCCCCCACGUGUCUGAACUCCCCUGGGAUUCAAGAGGCCCCCCAGGAGAUGGUGAUUCCCCCAGAAACCCCAGCCCAGGAAAAUUCUGUGGAGAGAAAGCCUCUUUCGUCAUUACAGGGAAAUCCAGGGAAUCCCUCAGGGACCAGUCCUCCUGGAGUCAAGGGCUCUUCGCCGACGUUUUCUGGAAGAGCUCCUCCAGGUGCCACAGUGCCCUCAGGGACUCCCCAGAACCGCAAUUCAGGGGAAAUAGAUCCCCCAGGGGAGUUUUCAGGUCUUUCAUCACCUGGAGUCGCCUGUGAGGAGUUGUUGCAGGAUCAGAAGAGUUCGCAACCCUCUGAGGCAACCCAGGAGGACUCCAGGGUGCUCACACCCCUGACAGACGUUAGUCUGGGGGGAUUACUCCCAGUUUCACCCCUGGACCAGACCCUCGACGAUUUCGUCUCCUCAAAUUACCUCGAGUCCCUCAAAUCAGAUCUCGACCCUGAGCCCGCCAUCGAGGCGACUGAGCCCCUUGGUCUCGAUCCCCAUCUCGAUCCUGGGGAGCUGGGGAUCGAAGCCCUCAGAACUCGACUGAUUGCCAUGGGAGAGGUCCUCGAGAAUUCCAGGGAGGAUGCUGUCACCAGUCGUCUCCAGCUCGCCAGACUCCAGAGACAGCAUCAGAAUUAUCUCGAGAGACAUGAGCUCCAGCUGCAGGCGUUGAACAGAGAGAAUGAACUUCUCAGGCAGCAGCUCAGGAAGUACGUGACUGCUGUCCAGAUGCUCAGGAGAGACUCUGACUCGGGACAGGGCAGUGAUGAGGGACUGGAUUAUCAUUUCGAGGCACAGCAGUACCAAGAGAAGCUCGUCCAGGUAGCUGAAAUGCACGCUGAACUCAUGGAGUUUAAUAAUCGACUCACAAUGCAACUCGGGAACAGGGAAAAUCUCGUCCGGAGACUUCAGGCUGAACUCGAGUGCCUCAGAGGACCUCUCAACGAGAAUUACGAGGGAGGGACUUGUCUCAUUCACAUCUGGAUUCCCAGUGCCUUCCUCACUGGCCAGAACUCCGAUGUCCAUCACGUCUAUCAGAUAUACGUGAGGAUCAGGGAUAUUGAGUGGAAUAUAUAUCGAAGAUAUGCCCAGUUUUAUGCACUCCAUCGUGACCUGAAGAAGCACGACGCGAUUGUCACGACCUUUGAAUUUCCCCCAAAGAAGACAAUUGGCAAUAAGGAUGCCAAAUUUGUUGAGGACAGGAGGCAGAAGCUCCAGCAGUGGCUCAGGCGAGUCGUUGGGAGACUCGCCCAGUGCUCUCCAGCUUUCAUCAUGCGACCCACCAAGCAGACCCUCAUCUCCCUCAUGCCAUUCUUUGGAGAUCAUCCCAGUGAAGACUCUAAGAAAAGCGCAUCUGUGAGGAAUAAUUUGUCAUCCUCGCCUCAGUACAUGGGAUUAUAACUCUAAUUGAAUUUUAGAUGAUGAAAAUUGUUGAAAUUGUAUAUAGACUAGUAUGAAUUUAAUGGAUUAUGUACAUAUUCAUUGGGAUUCCUUUGGGAGUCAAUUUGGAAACAUAAAAGAGAUAAUAUAUAUUUAUUCAUGUAUUAAUUA